AUGCAGUUAACCGAGUGUGUUUUAUUGAAUGAAAUUGAAAUGAGCGUGUUGAUGAUAUGUGGUAUUAAGGCUGGAGAUGCGCUGAAGAUUAAGGCAAUAUGUAAAGAUAUGCCGUGCCAAUCUGCAAAAACAAAACUGUCAAAAGAGAGCGUCAAAGAGGUAUAAACUAAAGAAACAAGUAAAAAGUAUGAAACGCGUUGCCGGAUUAAUAUUUCACUUCGCUUCGCGCGAAUAAAGGAAAAUGAGAUUAAUUAACUACGAUUCUAGGCCUAGCUUUGAACUAGAUUUUUGUAGCGUAAACGCACUUCAGCGAGUUCAGCCUGACCUAGGCUGAAAUCUGGGCCACCUAAAAUUAAAUACAUAAAAUAUUUCUUACUGGCGGUAUUUUUGGGGGGAUUUUAUUCAAUGUUAAUAUUUUGCAACAACAUUUUCCCAGGGAACAACCGGUAUCACUGCAGAUAUGGUACAGAAUACGGAAGAUGAUGAAGUCCCAAGAGAGGUCAUUAGUGAGGUAGGAUAGUGAAAGAUUUGGUUACCAAUAUCUUUGCAGUUGACUGUUGAAUAUGUUUUGUAUAUUGUUACUGCAAGUAUAUUGUUACUAAAAGUACAAAAGAUGCAACAGUGAAAAACAGCCUGAAGCCUAGACUUGCUACAAUUUCGAAAAAAAUAAGAAAACUUCGGAAACAGACUUUGAGAAAGUCUACCUUAACCCGUAAACUGACUUUCCACAACUUCCCAACUCUAUCCAUUAUAUAACACUGUAAGAUGAUUUAUUUUAAAAUUGUUCAAUUGCCCAUUCUUCCCAUUUAAGCCAAUUACAGGCGGACAAAUUUUCUGUGACAAGUUUUUAUGUGGCAAAUUUUAUUUGAGAAUGGUAUGUGUGUUCAGCAAAUUUUUUGCGGCAAUUUUUCUCUGUUGACCCACAGACUAGCAAAGUUUGCGUUUUGCCAAUUUUUUCUAUGACAAGUGCACUAGGCUAGCUUUUUGACAAGUAGAUUUGCCAUACAAAAAUGGGAAAGUUGCGGUUGCGCGGACAGUACCAGCAAGCAAAUAAGAUUUGCGGUAUAAAAACUUGCCAUAGAAAACUUGAUUGUCUGUAACUGGCUUUGGACCAUCAUGAAUGUUGUAUGCGCAUUUUCAUUGUCUUUGAUUUGAUUAUAGGAUGGAUUAAUUGAGUGCGCAAGUUUAAGAACUGAAGAAACACCUGGAAAAACAACUAUGCCGUCACCUUUUACGUACUGCGAAAAACAGAAUAGAAUGUUUUUCAAAGACUACAAACUUCUUGAAAAGGUACAAUAUUUGCCAUGUAGUUUCUAUGUGUUUAUUACGAAGGAGAAUGUUUAAUAUUCUUAGUUCUCAAGUUAAUACACUGUUUUGUACUAAAAGAACUGAACAGCCUGAUAGUCAAGACACAUUAUUUUAUAGUUAUUUGAGUAGUUGUCGAUAGUUUUCUUAUGCUAAUGCCCCUGUUCAUUUUUUUUUCCAGUUUUCUCCUGGUGUUACUUAUGCACUAGAGCAUAAUUGCUUGAACGAAAAACGAAGAAGUGAAUUUAUAAGAGAUAUAUGCACAGACAUAUCAUCAAAUGGUGUUAACUUCUUAAACAAGGAAGAAAGGAAUGUGGUGUCAUUAGCAAUUGUAACCAGAUAUCCUCAUCUUAAGGAUUCAAUUGGCAGUGGUUUGGUACGUAAAUGAUCAAUUAGUAGAAGUAAAAAUUUUCGUUACUAAUUGUUGUAAAAGACUGAAAAUUUAAGACUUAGUUUUGUUUUACUUCCUCUACCAGUCCUGUCCAACAAGUGAAUACUCAUAGCCGAUUUCACGCACGGGAAAGAAACCCUUGCGCUUAAUGGAAUGCCCGGACUAGCCGUAAUAUAUUAAUAUUUACAACAUAACUAGUUAAAGAUUGAUUACAGUUGGGUCUGUCCAGCUGGAAUCGAACAUAAUUAAAUUACAUGUAUUUUAAGGGAUCGUGGUCAGAAUCAAUCAAGAAUCGAUUCAAACACGUGCGGAAGUACGCAAACAAGAAAAGAAAACUAGCAGAAUCAGAAAAUGGAGAUCAAGCAUCAAGUGUGGUUAUGGUUACACCUCCCCAGAUAGGAAGACCAAAAAAAGCUGACUUUUGGAACGCAGUACCAAUAUGUGUUGGUGUUACGGAAAGUAUUCAAAAAGAACAUAUUGCAGAGCUUCAUAAGGAAUGGAAUAAAGUUCUAUCUAUCCAAGACAGUGAGAAGAUAAAGGAGCUGAUGAUUUCAACAUACGACAUACGGAGAAGAAAUAUAUUAACAACAACUAUACUGGUUCAUGAUAUCAUCUAUACAUAUCCUCCUCUGGCAACAGUUAAAGGGGUAUAUAUAUGAUUUAAGAAUUAGUACGGAAUAUGGCAUGAGUUGUGUUAAAAUGAAAUAUUUAAUUUUAUUAAAAUGAACUCCGAUUUUAGAUCCGUCAGGAAUACUGCAGAAUAAUGCAGGAUGAUACCGCCAUGAAAGACAUAAAGACGACCUUUAGUACCUAUCAAGGCGCUAUAGUAAAAUAUUGUGAAGAAUUGCAGAGGAAAAGCCCAUUCAUCAAGGAUGCAAUUAGGUGCCUUCAGGAAGGAAUCAAGGAGGAUAUGGAAAAUGCUAAAAGUAAGAAUACUGGAGUAUGUUCAAUGCUUAUAUAUAUACUCUCGUCUGAUGGUUUGUUUAGCUGCCUAAAAAGACAAAAAAUACUUCUCGACGUUUCGACCUAAGGGCCUUCGUCGACGAAGGCCCUUAGGUCGAAACGUCGAGAAGUAUUUUUUGUCUUUUUAGGCAGCUAAACAAACCAUCAGACGAGAAGAUAUUCGAAGAAGCUGCUACGCUGCUACCAAGCCAUCCUGGAACUGUUGCUUAUAUAUAUAGAUUAACCUUUAUGCCCAAUGCGCGUGGUCUGUUUAUGCGCUUUCUUUAUAGAUGCUUUUACUCUGCGUAAAUAUUUUAUAUCUGCGUAAAUAGUUUUACGCUGCGUAAAUAUAUUUUUACGCGUGUACCGUAACCAUAUAUUGAAUGGAAACAUUAAAAAAAUAAUCUUGCGUGAUGUUAUGUUAGACUGCAUGUGUGCACAUGACGGUAACGUUUCUUCAUCGUUUUCCAUUGUUUGAAACCCCUUAGGAACGUUGAAAGGUUUCAAACAAUGAAAAACGAUGAUGAAACGGCUUACGUUUUACAUUGCUGACAGCUUUCAUUUCCAUGCAUUCGUUUCUUCAAGCCUUAACUGUUAGUUACGUUUACUGAAAAAAAAUACAACGAAGUGUGUCAUGGCGUAUAGGUCCAAAUCCAACAAAUUUUCUGCUUGUACUUUUUAACGUAACAUUGGUCUAUAGGUCAGAAAUUGCGUUGCAAGUUGUAUGGGAAAUUGCCUGGUUAACUGAUAGAAAAGCCAGUCAAUAAUUCUAAGUAAACCGCGGCAAACUAUAUUUUCACGCACAUGUUUUAUUAACGAAAUGUAUACUCUUAUUGUUUAAAUUUUACAGCCCUUGAAAAUACCUGCGCUGUAAUGUUGCUGCUAAGAUUGCUUAGCAAAAAAAUGAGCAAAGAAGGCAGUGAUCUAAUGGAGAUUCUGUGUGUAAGUAUUAUAUGCAUCAAUUAAUGUAUCGAUUAUCGCAUAUAGAAAAUACGAAAAAGAGCUCAUAACAUAUCUCCUCAUUGCAGUAUUUAUUACUAUACCAUGUUCUUUGACAUUUAGGAAGACGACGACUUAGAAGCUGAAAUAAAAGCCACAGCGUACCCUAGAAUAAUUGGCGUUGGAGAAAACCUUCUCAAGCUUGACAAGGCAGUGAUAUGUAUAGAAGGGAAAGAACUUGUCGACGUGACUUCCCGUCCCAUGGACACGGUUUUAUUUUCUUUAUACGCCACGUAUUAUAUUUUUUCUAUCGCAUAUCCUGUUGAUCACAAGGAUCUAUUUCUUUUUAUAGAUUCGAUUAUUGUUGGCAUUCAACAGAAUGCAUGAAGCAGAAUUAGCUUGUUUAUAUAUGAGAUAUGUGGGACGUUUCCUGUACUCAAACGGGGAUCCCGUUCAUCGUCCUGUCCCGACAAACGUCCCGUUCCGCCUCCCAUAUAAACAACUCCUAAGCCUGCAUGUUUUUUUUAUAUAUCAAUUGUAAAAAAGAUAUAGUUUUUUUUUG